AUGCACCACUUGUCUACCGCGUACCAUCCGCAAACGAGCGGGCAAGUGGAGAAUGCGAAUCGAGGAGUGAAGAGAAUUUUCGAGAAAACGGUAGGGAAGAGUAGAAAAGAUUGGUCCGACAAGUUGGACGAUGCGUUAUGGGUGUUCCACACCGCCUACAAGACGCCACUAGGAACGAGGCCGUUUAUGAUAAUUUAUGGGAAAGCGUGCCAUUUACCCGUCGAGUUAGAGCAUCGGGCUCUUUGGGCGCUCAAAACAGUGAAUUUAGAUUUGACCGAGGCCGCUAGGAGACGAUUUUUCCAAAUUCAUGAGUUGGAGGCGCUUCGUGACGCCGCGUAUGAUCGUUCGUGGAGCAUCAAGGAAAAGUCGAAAGCUUUACAUGAUAGAAGGUUACGGAAGUUGAAAGAAUUUAAAGUGGGCGAUCAAGUGCUUUUAUUUAAUUCAAGGUUGAAAUUAAUUGCGGGAAAGUUGAAGUCGAGAUGGUCCGGGCCGUAUGUCGUGAAGGAGGUUUUCCCGUAUGGUACCGAGGAGUUAUUUGAUGAAGAAAAGUCGAAUUUGUGGAAAGUUAAUGGACAUCAGUUGAAGCACUACUUAGGAGGUCCCAUCGACACCACCGAAGAGGAAACCGUUCCUCUUUCGGACCCGCCUAGCACCGCCGUGUAG